AAACACUGGAGAGAGGGAGAUACAAAAGCCCGGACACCCGUGCACAUACACACGGAGAAAUACACCCAGUCACCUGGGAACACACGUACACGCCAGCCUUUCCCCAAGCACUCCGGGACGCACAUCCACAGUCCCCAAACCAAAUCCUACACCCGAGUGAUUAAUGUAGGGAAAACAAAGGCGCUCCCACGACUUGAUUUUGGCGACCUCUGAAGUUCCACCUAAGCAGAACGUGUUUGCUCGAUGUCUUAUGACCACUUGGGUGAGGAAUUCGGAAAGUAAAGCCAAUCUUAGAGGCUGCAGGAGGUUUGGGGGCAGUAUCUGAUUCAGACGCUGGCUAACGUUUCACGAUCGCGUUCCCUUUUUUCUUCCAACUCGACACUCUUGCACUCCUGUAAUGAGCCUGGCACUGUGAUGAAACACUUUUCCUCUGUUGUUUGAGUGCAUCUUCUCAACAACCCUAGGAGGGUUCUUGAAGGUCUUGAGAUUAACAAUGGCAGGAAAAUCAUCACUUUUUAAAGUAAUUCUCCUUGGAGAUGGUGGAGUUGGUAAGAGUUCACUUAUGAACAGAUAUGUAACUAAUAAGUUUGAUACCCAGCUCUUCCAUACAAUAGGUGUGGAAUUUUUAAAUAAAGAUUUGGAAGUGGAUGGACAUUUUGUUACCAUGCAGAUUUGGGACACGGCAGGUCAGGAGCGAUUCCGAAGCCUGAGGACGCCAUUUUACAGAGGUUCUGACUGCUGCCUGCUUACUUUUAGUGUCGAUGAUUCACAAAGCUUCCAGAACUUAAGUAACUGGAAGAAAGAAUUCAUAUAUUAUGCAGAUGUGAAAGAGCCUGACAGCUUUCCUUUUGUGAUUCUGGGUAACAAGAUUGACAUAAGCGAACGGCAGGUGUCUACAGAAGAAGCCCAAGCUUGGUGCAGGGAUAACGGCGACUAUCCUUACUUUGAAACGAGUGCAAAAGAUGCCACAAAUGUGGCAGCAGCCUUUGAGGAAGCCGUUCGAAGAGUUCUUGCUACCGAGGAUAGGUCAGAUCACUUGAUUCAGACAGACACAGUCAAUCUUCACCGAAAGCCCAAGCCUAGCUCAUCUUGCUGUUGAUUGUUAGAUUGUUGGUGCAUUCUAACCAACUCACACAUAUACACAAAAUCAACAUGGGGAUGGAGAAGAGAAUUAGCAUUUGCAGCAGUGUAUCAUCUACUAAUAAAAUUAAACUAAUGUAUGUUGCUGCUUCGUUCGUUGGUGGGAGAAGGGACACAUCCAAUCAUGGAGGAAUAUAUUUACUCAAUAAUGGCACCUUACAUUUAUAAAUUGUAACGGUUGUCUAAUAACGUUUCUUUAAAUAUGUAAGUUGCAGAGCUAAUAAAUGAGAUGACCAAGACAUUAAUUAUAAUUAAAAUAAGAAACUUAACUAUUCUAGAAGUUAUACUUGGAUUUUUUCCUGGGAAAAUGGAGAACUACUUUUUAUAUGUGUAUGUUUUUAUGCAAUUAGCAUUGUAUUCUUGGUUCAGGGAAAUAAUUUCCUAAAGCAAUAAUGUUAGAUAUUAAAGAUGAAAAUCUAAUGUAUUUGCAAUGCAUCGUUAAUUCAUUCUCUUCAAAAUGACUUAACCAUUCCUGUUUUCAUUCUACAUAGUAGAAUUACUCUCACUAGUAACUACUCAUCAUUUGUAUGUCAUUCAUGCACCCCCAGCCCCAUAGAUCACAUUCCACAGUCUCAGGCAGAGGGCAGGCCCUCAGUGGUACAAGAGUUGCUUCAUACAGUCUAUAAUACAUCCAGCUAAAUUCAAGCUGUCUAUGAAUGGAAAACCUUGCCAUAGAUAGAGUUCAGUUUUAAGAAAAAGGCUAACUACUGAACUUGGAGAACAGACAAAUGUGCAUUUGAUAACUGAUGUAAUAAUUACAAUGUACUGUG